UGCCCGUCUGCGUGUGCGUGUGCGUGCGCUCAGCCCAGCGUGAGCGGCACCUGCUAGUCCCGGCUCGCCGAGGAGGCCGCCUCGCCCGGCUCCCACCGCCGCGCCCGCCGGAGCCGCUCAGAGGGCUUCGAGGGCUCCGAGGUCGCCCAGGAGCCGCGGUCCCUCCUCCGCCUGCAAGUCCGCCUGGCUCCGAGUCACGUGUCAGUGCCCGAGGCAGAGACUGAGAAAAAAACGCGCUUCAUUCCUUCUUCCACCGCCAUACUGUAUUUUCCUAAAUCUCAUUUUUAUUCCAACAUUUUACUCCCGCUCGGUGAGUACCUUCUCAGUGGCAUUCUUGUCCUAUUCUUUUUUUCCCCCUUUUUUUUGUUUUUGUUUUUUUUUUCUUCUUUUUUUUUCUUCCCACUUCUUUGAUUAUUGUUUGUAUUUGGGAAAGCUGACGAGCAUGGUCUUAAGCCUUUUCCUGAAUCAAGUUUUCCUAGCAUGCGAUGGUUCUCUAGACAAGGCGCUGUGUCUGGGAGUCCGCGGCAGCCGUGUUUCCUGCGAGCGGCUCCCAAGUCCAGCAAAAUGUGCAACUGGUUUUAUGGAAAAAGCGUUGUGAAGUAUGGUGCCUAUUUUUUUCCCUUUGUAAAGAUAAGAAAGCAUGUUUCUAACUCUUUUUUACGUACUCUUUUUCCGAUUACAUUUUUGUGUAGGUGGGAUUUUCCAGCAGUGUUCACAAGUUUGUCGUCUUGCAAUUCGAUUCACACCACUGAGCAAAGACAUUAAUUUUGCAUUUUUAUGACCUUUUUGGAAGCCUGUGAGAAAUAUUUCGUUUUUUUCCCUCCUGUUUUUGAUAUCGGUUGAUAACAUGAAACUUUUCUUGCAGCUAGUUAAAGGGAUUAUUUUUAAGCAAUUGUUUUUUUUCCUCCUUUACAUUAACUAUUCCUUUUGCACAUUUGACUUUUUUAUUUAAAAACUCGAGAUAAUUUUAUGAUAGAUAUCCUGAUAUCUAUAUCUAUAUUAUCCAUUCUUCCUCCUUCUCCCCUCCUAAAUCAAUUUUCAAAUGAUGGCAGUGGAAGGUUUUUCUGAAAAAAAAAAAAAUGAAGUGCGGUUUGGUUUCCUUGUCAACGGAGGAUGAAGUGAACAUCACAACAGCUCGCAGAGAGCAGGAUUAAAACAAGGUGAACCAACCAUGACGGGCAAAACACAAACAAGCAAUGUUACCAAUAAGAAUGACCCCAAGUCCAUCAACUCCCGGGUUUUCAUCGGCAAUUUGAAUACAGCCAUUGUCAAAAAAGUUGACAUUGAAGCUAUUUUUUCAAAGUAUGGAAAAAUCGUUGGCUGCUCUGUUCACAAAGGGUAUGCUUUCGUUCAGUACAUGAGUGAGCGUCAUGCAAGAGCCGCGGUGGCUGGAGAAAAUGCCAGGGUCAUCGCAGGCCAGCCUCUUGAUAUCAACAUGGCAGGGGAACCCAAACCAUACAGACCAAAGCCUGGAAGUAAGAGGCCCCUGUCUGCACUUUACAGGCUUGAAUCAAAGGAGCCAUUCCUAUCUGUCGGUGGUUAUGUAUUUGACUACGAUUACUACAGAGAUGAUUUCUACAAUCGGCUGUUUGAUUACCACGGCCGUGUACCUCCACCACCUCGGGCUGUCAUCCCACUGAAACGUCCCAGAGUGACUGUCACCACCACACGCAGGGGAAAAGGCGUCUUUUCCAUGAAGGGGGGAUCCAGAUCUACUGUUGGUGGGUCAUCUUCAUCAAGCUCUAAGUUGAAAUCAGAUGAGUUACAGACAAUCAAGAAAGAAUUAACCCAGAUCAAAACUAAAAUUGACUCCUUGCUAGGGCGCCUGGAGAAGAUUGAGAAGCAGCAAAAGGCAGAAGCAGAAGCUCAGAAGAAGCAGUUGGAGGAGAGUAUAGAGCUGAUUCAAGACGAAUGUGUGUCAGAGAAUGCAGACCAUUCUACAGAGGAGCCUCCUGAAGGAGGACAAGAAGCGGAUGGAGGAGAGAUGACUGAUGGGGUAGAGGAGGACUUCGAUGAAGAUGGGGGUCACGAGCUGUUUCUACAGAUAAAGUGAUAUGAAGUAGUGUACAAUAAGGCAAAAGAAGAAAAGAGAAACUGUGACAUGCUGAAAAAAUGAGAAAGAUGGUUUCAUAAUCGACAGCAACAUCUCCAGUUCAGUUUAUAUAAAAUCCUCUGUCAUAUGGACAGUGUUGUUCACUUUCAGAACCAUCAUUUCUUCUGUGUUCCGAACUGUAUAAUUGUUGUUUUAUGGUUUACAUUGUAAAUGUGUUUUCACUCUUGCUUAUUAUGUUUUUUAAGUCUUAGAAGGAUGUUAAUGAGAGAGACAUUGUAUACAAAUGUAUAUUUGUAAAAGCUAUUUUUAUGAUUAGCAUGUGUCAUUGUUGAUCACAUAGUCAUGUGGUAUUGCAAUCUUACACUUAAAGCUUGAUUCCAACAAUGUCAUAGGGAAAAUAUACAUUGUAUGCUAGUUUUUAUAAUUUAAUUUCAAUUUAUAGUUUAAAGUACCUUAGACCAUGCGGAAAUCUAUUUGAAAAGCUAUAUUUCUGCCCUCUAUAAGCACCAUUUUUAUUAAUAAAGAAUGCAGUUGUUUCAGAAGUGAUGCAAGGGUUUAAGGACUUUGGUUUGACCUGUGAGCAUGCUUGGCUCUAGUGAGCUGAAAUUAUCCAAUCAUCACCUAUUUUCUGAGUCUGACUGAGCUUCUGUAGACAGUUUUCCAUACUCACAGAUGAGAAGUAGAUUGAUAAGAAAAAGAUUGUCUUGUCUUUGGAUCCAAAAGUUUCAGUUAGUGCACACCCCCUCCAUCUUAUCUCCUAGUCCUCAGGACCCUCCAUUCCCAAGCAUUGUGUUUUCCAAAUACUUUUCGCUAUUGUCUUGUGCAGUGGAAAUGGGAGAGACCAUCCCCACAGGCUAUAGGCACAUUCAGCACAUAAUUUCUUAAUAAAUACUGGUUCUUUUAAAACAAAGCUGGUGUGUGGUUUUUCUUUGGGUUGUGCUUGUUUUAAUAUUCAAUGUAAACAUUUUGCAUCUCCACGAUGUGAUUAAAAACAAGUCCAAUAAUAAAAGCAGUGUAACUACACUGAAAUAUGUUCUGGGUAUAUUCUCCAUACCCUUCAUGGCAUGACUCUGUUUGAACAUACAUUAACUUCCUGUACAAAAGAAAAUCAGAUGGCCCUACAUCCUUGGCAAAAGUCACCAUCCAAAUCACAUUUUGAGAAUGUGUAUUGCUCUACUGAGUAUUGAAUGGUAAAAGAAUAUUUCUAGAUAUAAAU